AUGGCUUCUAAAAGAAUCAUUUACAUUUUUCUAUACUUUUUGUUAUUAGCUUUGAGUUGUAUCAUCACUGAAGCUAAGAAAAAGGUAAAAGCGGAGGGGGCAAAUGUACCGCUGGCAGGACCAACAACUACAACUGAUAACGCUUUAGAAUCAGCGCCCCCGGCCGCUAUCAACGGUCCGGUAGAAAAUGUGGAAAAUGGUAAUGAUGCGACAGUGACUCCUGGUUAUACUCCUGUCCCUUCUGUCUCAAGUACUGCAGAUGAUGCUAAUCCAAAUUCACAAAUAACAGACACACCAGCUGGCUUACCGGCUAACGUAGAUGCACCCGUCACACAGAGUCAAACUAGUGCAAGUUUAUCACAAACAUUACCAAAUCAACCAACAACUUCACCACAACCAGCACAAUUAAACGCAUCACAACCGGCACUCCCAAACCAAGUAGACCAAGCACAACCAACAUCACAACCAACAUUACAUUCAACAACACAAGCAUCACAAUCAACAGUACAACCAGCACCACCAGCAUCAAAACCAACAGAACCACCAAAAUCGAAUCAAAAGAAUAAUGAUAAGAAUAGUGAUAACACCGAUAGUAAUGAUUCCGAUGAUGUCGAAGCAGAUGAUAAUAAUCCUCAGCAAACAACAGUUUAUGCGGUCGCACCGGGUAAACAAGCUACACAAUUAGAUUCAACUUCUGGUGCGUCCACUGUGAUCAUGACUAGGAAAAGUGAUUAUUAUUCUGGUAUCAUGGCAGCGUUAUCUAUGGUUGUUAUUGGCUCUGUCUUAAUGAUCUAA